AUGACAAGAUCCCAAGGCUUUCAGAUAUCCGAAAUCCCUGACCUCAACGGCUACGUUGUCAUUGUCACAGGAGGAAACUCGGGAAUUGGCUACGAGACGACGCUUCAGUUGGCCCAGCAUGGCGCUCGAGUCUACAUUGCAGGCCGCUCACCAGCUCGAGUCGACGAGGCCAUAACCAAGAUGAAGCAGACAAACCCCGGCUUGGACGUACGCUUCUUGAAGCUAGAUCUUCAAGACCUGCAGAGCGUCAAGGCCGCUACGUCAGAGUUCAUGCAGCGAGAGUCGCGCCUAGAUAUUCUAAUCAAUAAUGCUGGGAUCAUGGCAUGUCCCUACGGAUUGACAAAGGACGGUUACGAAUUGCAAUGGCAAACAUGCUUCUUGGCCCCUCACGCCUUCACUUUGAGCCUCCUGCCUCUCCUCAAGUCAACUGCACUGCAAUAUCCCAACAACAAGGGCCGUGUACGAGUGGUGAACGUGGCCAGCGAUGCAGCUUUUCUGAUGGGUCCACGGCAUAUCAUAUACGAUGAUCCCAACAUGUCCGGAGUGACAGGGUCCCUUUCACCAUGGAAACGUUACGGUCACUGCAAGUUGGCGUUUAUCCUCGCUACAAGGGCCUUGAAUGACCGACUUAGUGGGUCUGGAGUCACAGCAUACUCUCUGCAUCCCGGGCUGAUAAGGUCGAAUCUUCAGUCCAGUUACCCAGGUAUGAUAGGGGCACUUGCACGAUUCAGCAUGAAAAUUACCCCGACCAUUUCACCCCAGGAUGGCUCCCGGACUUCUCUUUAUUGCGCUACGAGUUCCCACGCUCCGAGUCAUGCAGGACGCUAUUUCGUCCCAUAUGGAAAAUUGGAUGUCGAUCGUUCGAAAUGGGUUGAUGAUGCUAAAGAAGUGACCAAGGUGUGGGACCUGGCAGAUUCUCAGUUGAAGGCCAGUGGAAUUUAUGUUUCCUGA